CUUCCAUUCUCUGUCAGUAUCUCAGUCCUCGAUCGGAGACAGUCUCAAAACUCGCCGACCUCAUUGAUUCGCAGAAAGUUGUGCAUGUGCGGGGGACCCCUGCGAGCGGAAAAACAACACUGGCUCGACUACUGCAGGAAUAUUAUAAGGUUAAGAAGAGGAACUCAAUCUUUAUUGACACAUGGCGCAAGCUUGAUGAAUACCCUUCAGUAGGAGACAGCCCUGCCCCUCACGCCUGGAGCAAGCUCGACAGAAUGUUACGGACAAGAUUUGGUUCACAUAUGGAUUAUCUGGCUCCGGGAACUAUCCUCAUUAUCGACGAGGCCCAAGGAUCCUAUUCGGACACCCUCUUCUGGAAUUCAAUAAUCAAGGCACGGUUGUCCUAUGAAGGCCUGUCCGACGAAGGCCUAGAUAUCAGGUUCUGUCUUUUUUGCUGCUACGGGAGCCCGUCGAGUGGUGUUGACCCGGAGCUCGAUAAUGAUUUUACGCCCGCUCAUUUUAAGCUAGCUCAACGCGUGACGUUGACCCCUCAGUCACGUCCAUCAUCGCCUCCGAUUGGUCUAUUCUUCACCCGAUCAGAGUUCACGGAUGCUGCACAGCGAUUGAUAGCGAACUCUCUUUUUCAAGAAAAGUUUACCCUCCGUCCAGACGCCGAAGACUAUCUUUUUUCGUUGACAAACGGACACCCGGGUGGUCUUAGCUCUGUGUUAAAGUACAUUCACGACUUUUAUCGCCAUGCUAUCAAGAGCCGUGAUUUAUCAGUCAUAACCAAGGAGCACGUGGUCGACAGCUUGAAACGGGAUCAGGAUGUCUGGGACAUGCUAGGUCAAGAGCUAAUAUCACGUUCACUGCCCCAGGGCCGUUGGCUCACCACGGAAGUUGCAAACCUCCUCGCUAAGGUUUUGGAGGAAGGAAAUGUACUAUGGGAGCCGAACAAAGAGGCAGAAAUAUGUUACAAGCGCGGAUGGUUGCACAGAAUGCAAAUACUCGGAGAGGAUGGUCGCGACAAGGAGGUCUAUGUGCUUCCUUCAAGACUCCAUGAAAAGCAUGUGGAUCGAACACUACAUCGCAAAAAGAGCAAAAAGUCUACCCUCCGAAUUCCAAAAUUUACGAGAUUUGACUCUUGCAAUAUUACGAGAGUUUUCAAGCUCGAAUCUGAGGCACUCAGCCCAAGGCAAGACAUUGUCAAGUGGUGCACAGCCAAAACCAAUUGA